CGAUAAAACCUGACCAUGGUCUACCAGCUGCACGUGAACGCACCAUCCAGUUACCUGGAACAGGUGGGUGUCUCCUCCUCCUUUCGGUGCCGCGCCCCUUCACACACACUCGGCAUCUUCCAGGAAGAAAGCCCGGAGGAAGAAGCGUCCAGCGGCGGAGAGCGUUUCUGUCAGCACCAUUUACAAGUCAACAUGUUGAUCAAAGAGUUCCGAAUUGUCCUGCCGGUAUCGGUGGAGGAGUACCAAGUGGGUCAGCUGUAUGCCGUAGCAGAGGCCAGUAAGAAUGAGACGGGCGGAGGAGAAGGUGUGGAGGUGUUGACAAACGAGCCCUAUGAGAAGGACGGAGAGAAGGGACAGUACACGCACAAGAUCUACCACUUGCAAAGUAAAGUUCCAAGUAUUCUCAGGAAGUUGGCUCCGAAAGAUUCUCUUGUAGUUCAUGAAAAGGCCUGGAAUGCAUAUCCUUACUGUAAAACUGUCAUCACAAAUUCGUACAUGAAAGAAAACUUCAGCAUAACCAUCGAGACGUGGCACAAGCCUGACAUGGGCGAUCAGGAAAAUGUACACGGACUGGAGAAAACCCUGGCGGCCAAGAGGGACAUAGUUCACAUUGACAUUGCUGACAGAAGCGCCCUUUAUUCAAAGGAUUACAAAGCAGAUCAGGAUCCGGCCAUCUUUAAGUCGGAGAAGACGGGCCGAGGGCCUCUGGGACCGGAGUGGAAGAAAGAACUUGCUAAUAAUCCCGACUGUCCGCACAUGUGUGCCUACAAGCUUGUCUCUGUUGAGUUCAAGUGGUUGGGAAUUCAGAGCCCGGUGGAAAGUACCAUUCAGAAGGUGGAGAGGCGAGUGUUCACCCACUUCCACAGACAGCUGUUCUGCUGGAUCGACAAAUGGAUCGAUCUGUCGAUGGACGACAUCCGACGCAUGGAGCAGGAGACGAAGGCAGAGCUGGAUGAGAUGAGGAUGAAAGAAGGAGUUAAAGGCAUGGGAAAUGAUGACAACUGACUGCCAUCGCUCUGACACGGGAGGAUUUAACGUCAUCCAGCGCUCCUCUCCUCCUGGACCUGCAGCGGUCUGAUGGGCGUAACAAGAGCAUCCUAAUAAAAUGUGCUUUUAAAUCGAGCUCAUUACUGUAAAGCAACUGUGUGUACUUUAAAUACUGCAGCUUUUUAAGGGACAAGUUUGCAUGUUAGGGAAUGUGUUUUGAGGACGAAGCGUUGUUGCUUAUAUUCGGUCUUAUUUUAACAUAUUAGGGAACAGGUGCGUGUUGUCUCCGAGGAACGUUUCUAAUUACUGUUUUCCUUUUUUUUUAUUGCAGUUAUUUGUUCUUUUUCUUGAUUUUUUAUUUUCCACUUCUCAGUGAUUUAUUGUUUGUUUUUUAUUUAUUGUUUAGCAUUCUUCUGUGUACAUCCAUGAAAGCUGCAGUUUACAGGACCGUACGCUGCAUUAUUUCUUAAAUAAUUGGCUAAAAUAGAAGUUUUCUAUUGGAGAUGGAGAUUUUUGGGGGAAAAUGUGUUAAUUUCCUGAUCUCACAAUGUGCAUUUGGAAAUUCCUCCACCACUCAUGAGCUUAAAGUUUCCUUGAGGAGGCACUGCAAUAAAAAUGCAUUAUGAUUUACUUAAAAACUAUUGCAUAUGAGGUGUUUACUUUGAAAAGACACUUAAUGUACUUUCAGACUAGUCUGGUAAUUCCUGCGCAGUUAAGCUUCAUGCAAAGAUGCUGAGGGACUAAAAGGUUUAUAGUGUUGGGAUGAUCAUAUGUACGGACCUGAACUCUGAGCAGAUUUGAGAAAUGAUUGACACCUCUGUCUUCAGUUCAUAGUUUGGCCUACAUCAUUGUAAAACCUGGAUUUUAAUGUUAAGAGUUAUGAGUGUGUAGUAUAUUAAAGACUAUUUGUUCCUGGGGGUCUGGGUUACCAAUCGUUACACUAUUAGUCCACAAAGACAGUACGGAAAAUGAUCUUUGGUGAUGUCAUCCAUGUAUUUGUACAACAUGCAUCUUCCUGUAACAAAGUCACCAUUUCCCACAAACAACAAAAACUUCAAGCGUCAACCCUUCAGAAUAAAAGCAUUCAAGCUCCAGUCACGAACUGAUUAAAACUGUUA